AGUAGCUUCUGAAUUAGAUGUAGAUUGCUCUAUACUCUUUGUGGAACUAGAGCUACUUGAGUUAUCUGUUCUAGGAUCAUAUGCUGAUCCUAUAGAUAGUAGUGAUACUGGUGGUAGUUGA